AUGUCUAUUCAAAUGGCUUCUCGCUCUAUCUUCCGCCUCACCUCUCUCCGAAACGCGUUCCAGCCAGUGCCCUGGAGUCGGGCUGGUCAUCGCAGUAUAGCAUCAGAAGCACGAAAGGAGUUUCUUUGUAUUGUUCCCGACAAGCCCAAUUCUAUUGAGAUACGGAAACAGGUUCGACCGAAACACCUCGAAGCAGCGAAAGGACUUGUAGCAUCUGGAAAACUUGUCGUAGGCGGGGCUAUGCUUGAGUCUCAUCCCAUGGAGGGACAGUCGAUGUCGUUCAAGGGUAGUAUGCUCAUUUAUACCGGACGCAGCUUGGAAGAUGUCCAGGAGAUGAUGAUGAGUGAUGUAUAUACAACAAGUGGUGUUUGGGAUGUUGAGAAAGCCCAGAUUAUUCCGUUUGCUUCUGCUAUUCGCGAAGCACUUUCGUGGUGGACCCGAGCCUCGGGUCGCGGAACCGACAAAAAGUCCUAUAAAUGCGCUGCCGGAACAGAAUUAAAUCCAGGCAAGGAUACGUAUCGGAAUCUGAAAGAAACGGGAGAAUGUGUCCUCAACACGGUUUCGGAGAACAUGAUCGUGGCCGUGAAUGUGGCGUCGAUCGAUGCGCCCCAGGGUCCAGGAUCUGUGUUCUCGAUCGAGGGCAAAGUGGUCGACAUCAAGGAAUUCACCGAUCAUGUACAACCCGGCAUGAGUAUUGCUUCGUUGGUGCUUAUCAAGGGAACUCGGUUUUGGGUUCAGGAGGACGCGAUCAACAAGGAGGGUAGCCACAUUGAUCUUGACAAGCUGCGUCCCUUGGGGGUCAGCUUGGAGGGAUGUCAUACGGUCGCAUCACGUCGACAUUUGAGUUACCCCGGAAACAAUGGCAGAUGA